UAUGUGUCAUCUUAUGCUGCUUCGUAGAAAUGCUUAGUUUCAGCUGAAACUAGAGCAAAGUUAGCAACUUCUUGAGGUAGCAGUGACCUAUAUCUAUAUUUUUGUAAAUCUUCAGGACCGAAUUUGCAGUAAUCUGACAUACACGCGUGAUUUAAAAGAAAAAAACAAAAACUUUGCGCGUUAAUCUUUGAUUUCUGAAUGCGGGUCAGUGAUGCGCUGGAAGUAAUGCUCGUUAAAAGACUGACGGCAUGCUGUGUCUUUAACGAGCCAGAAGAUACUCCAGCGGGGGGGUGGCUCUAUACCAGUGAGGGUGAAGCGCUGCCGCAGAUCGGCCAGGGAUGAGAUAAGCGCUCCGAUCCCUAUAGUUCGGAAAUAUUCUGCGCUAACGGAGUCGCGACAUCAGCUGGACGCGAAGCGACAUCUAUCAAUGCAAGACGCCGAGAUAUAAUAAAUGGAACGAGGGCAAGGUUUUGCAUUUGGAAUUCACAUGUCAUCGGGGAAGACGAUAUACUGGAAAUAAUGGGGAAUACUACACCGAAACCACUUAUAGAUGCUAACCUGCAGUACCGUCCAGUGGCCAGCAGGCAUUACUACACGCUACCCGCCAACAGCAUCGAGCGCCGGGUGUUACCGCCGCCGCUCAGCUUCAGCAUCGAGCCGCCCCGCUUCCACCCGCACGCCAAGGGCAAGAACAUCCGGCUGGACUCGCAGCUGCGGCGGGCAGCACGCAAGAGCAGCUUCUGCAAUGGUGUCACCUUCAGCCAGCGGCCGGUGCGGCUCUAUGAGAAGGUGCGUCUGCGUCUGUCCGGCGUGCACAGCGGCUGGAGCGGCGCGCUGCGCUUCGGCUUCACCAGCCUGGACCCCGGCGAGCUGGCUGCCGCCGACAUCCCCAAGUACGCCUGCCCGGACCUGGUGACGCGGCCCGGCUACUGGGCCAAGGCGCUGCCCGAGAGGCUGGCGCUCAGGGACAACGUGUUGGCCUUCUGGGCCGACCGGCACGGCAGGGUCUUCUACAGCAUCAACGAGGGCGAGCCGGUGCUCUUCCACUGCGGCCUGAACGUCGGCUCCCCCCUCUGGGCCAUCAUCGACAUCUACGGCAUCACGCAGGAGGUCACGCUGCUCGAGAGCACCUUUGCGGACAGCAUGAGCUCGAGCCGCCUCAGCGCCGCCCGUCUCAGCGCCUACCUGCCGCAGAGCAAUCACGACUCCGCCAACUACAGCAACAACCAGCUGGAGACCAAUCAGGCGGCCGCCGCCAAAAUGGCCACACUGCAGCUUGGCCACUGCAACCAGCUCAUCCCCUGCUGCUCGCCGCCGUCCUCGUCCGCCGUGUCGGCCGGCGGGCCCCGGUCCCCGCGGGGCCCGCCCUCCCCACUGGACACCGAGCUGCACUUCCACCCGGUGCGCGGCUCCGACGUCAUCCUGUCGGCGGACCGCUCCUCGGCCUGCAUCCACUUCCUGGACAGCAGUCGGACUGUGGUGUUCAGCGAGCGCCCGCUGCGUGUGGGCGAGACGCUCUUCGUGCAGGCGGGCCACCUGGGCCUGCCCUACUUCGGGGCGCUCCUCUUCGGCGUCACCUCCUGUGACCCCAGCACCCUUCGCCCUAGUGACCUGCCCGCCGACCCUGAUGUUCUCCUGGAUCGUAAGGAGUACUGGGUGGUGUACCGGGGCAUCCCUACGCCCAGCUCUGGUGACGUGCUCAGCUUCACGCUGCUGUCCAAUGGGGAGGUUCACCACGGCGUCAACGGCGCGGCACGAGGGCGCCUGCUCUGCGUUGACGCCUCUCAGGUCCUGUGGGUCUUCUUCACCCUCCACGGCGCCGUCAACCGCCUGCGCAUCCUUGGGACGGUGCAGUCCAGUCCCAUCUCCAGCUCCCCGUCAAGCUCACCGGGCGGAACCCCAGAUGACAGCGACUCGGACCUGGCAUUCAGUGUGAACCGGUCCUCGUCAGCUUCAGAAUCCUCACUGGUGACAGCCCCCAGCUCGCCUCUGAGCCCCCCCCUGUCGCCGGCCUUCUCCCCACUGGAGCUGCCCCUGACCAGCAGGAACGGCGAGUGCACCGUCUGCUUCGACCAGGAGGUGGACACCGUCAUUUACACCUGCGGACACAUGUGCCUCUGCAACGACUGCGGCCUCAAGCUGAAGAAGCAGAUCAACGCCUGCUGUCCCAUCUGCCGCAGGCCCAUCAAGGACGUCAUCAAGACCUACCGGCCGUGAGGGCGACUCGGGCCGUGCGGACAACCAAGCGCGGUCGGACCGCGGGCUCCUUCCGUGGCUGAACAUUAACUUGUCUGGCCUUCUCCUCUCCCUGUGUCUCUUCUCUCUGUCGGUAACCUUACAGAAAUGUUACACACAACCAAAUUGGAGGGUCAGGGGUCUUUAUCUCUACCAGUCUUUUUAUCGGAAACCUGCCAGUGCCUUUGACAGUCUGGUGAAAAAAUGUCUAUUUUGUUCUUGUACAUAAUACAUGUUUGACAAUCAUGAUUGCUAUAUUUUUACAAGAAAAGGUGAAAAGAGUCAGUGGUACUUUUGACACUCAAAAAUGCGCAAAAGUUUAUUUUUAACCAAAUGAGAAGGAAGACGUGCUAAUUUCACAUAAGCCCAGACAUGUUAAUGAGGAAGAGAAUAAGGAAAGUGCUGUUGGGUGGGGGGGGGGGUAAAAUCUGUGUCCCGGGAACAGGCAGAUGAAACAGGUAGAUGGGAGGAAUAGUGAGGGAUAGUGAAGAACAUCACCUGGACACUGCUGUGCGUUUGGCCAGCCAGCCUCAUAUACAUGAGGAAAGUGCAGCUCCGAGGUAUUUUUGUCCGUGAAUGUUGGACACAGUUAAUGUUCCUGCAUUGUUAGAGAAAACAUAGUAUGCAAAUUUAGGAAGCCAAAUAAGUAAAAUGCAGCAAAAUACUGUGAUUUGAAGCUGAAGUGUACAGGGAAAUAUUCUAAAUAUUUUUUGUUGGGCAGACAUUGCAGUUGAUAAAAGGUUAAGCAAAAGCUGAUGGACCUUUAUGAUUUGUGUAGUUAAAUUGGGGAAAGACAAUUCCUCCAGACUGUCCACAACCAUGCGUACUGUUAAAAACAUGAUGGAGGCAAAUUCUUCAUCGCCAGACCUGUAUUUGGUUGAGGGCAACAUGUACAGCCAGGUUCCUUGUGUUCUUAGCAAUCAUGUACAUGGAGCUGAAAGGAAAUUCUCAGCUACCAAGAAAUCGCCAACAUUCACCACGAAGCCAAUGCCGCAGGCGCUUUGAUGUUGGCAGGAAGAGACACAGAAAACUCUUUUGACAUUACACAGAAAACAGUCCAUGUCUCAGUAUGUUUCUUCUGUCAUGCUUUGCAUUUUGUAAGCAAAAUGUGGUUUCCAGCAAGUUCCUUAACUGAUACACUAUAUUCAUAGCUCUAGAUAGUUUUCAAUACCCAGUUGUCAUUAAUUCACCAAACUAUGUUAAGAAAAUUCAGAAUUAGAGUGAUAAACAGAUUGCAGUUUUUUUAUGAAUGGAGAAGUAAUUUAUUUCUCAGAUACUUUAGUAGUGCAUUUAUGGGAUUCUUUUGUUGUCUUCUAAACAUAUUUCUGCUGGUAAAUUUGACAUGAAGGUCGCUGGCUUAGGUGAGAGUAUCUCACAUUGCAGAAAUGCAUUGGGGCUCACAAGUAACAUUACACAGAUCUCCUUCAAUAAAUCCUGUUCCUGUUUUGUAGCCAUCAUGGUGGGACUUGUUUUCAGUGUCACCCAGUUCCUUUCCCCCCUGAAGAGCGUGAGAGUUAAGAUGAUGGGCUGCUUUCAGAGGCUGCGCUAUGGUCCUGAGUAGAAUACUCUGCCUAUAAUGUCUCCCCAGCAGAAACAGGACAGUAAAUUCAUAUGGUGCCUUAUGCAAGCCUUUGCACUAUUUCCUGGGGAAAUUACGUUACACACAAAUAUUUCACGAAUCACUAAAAGUACUUUGGCAUUAAUCAAGGGCCGUGCUACACCAUAUGCAAGGAAUGGGCAUAAAGCAUUAUACACCGAAAUAUCAGUUGAAAGAAAUGACAUGAACUCAUGUGUGUUUUACUGGAACCCAGUGUGGUGUACUGUAGUCUCCCAGCUGCUGGCAGAAUUACACACUUCAUUGUUUGACAGACUGGACAGUCUCUGGUUUGUUGUAGGACCCAAUCAAAAUGGUGAAGUAGGAGUAUUAACUCAGUCUGCUCUGUGGGAAUUCAGAUCAAGCCUCUGAGGAAGCUAUAGAAGAGGACUACAGACUAGCUAUAGAAGAGGACUACAGGCUAGCUAUAGAAGAGGACUACAGGCUAAUUUUGAAGCUUUUUUUUGUGCACAGAGCAACAUCCCAGCAAAUCAAAUAAAGGUUUCCCAGGCAAAAUCAAGUGGAACACUAGAGGGCAGCAAAGAGCUACAUUAACUGUGUUUGCUUUCCACGUCUUUAAUACACUAUAUAUUAUCUAUAUCACUUUUCAGACAUUUCUCAGCUUUUAUAUAUAUGUGUUAGAUUAAAUCACAUAUUGUGUUACGCUCUGGUUUGUCUUAGUAUGCAGAGAAAGUGUGCAGGUUGUACUUUGUGUGUGUGCGUGUGCGGUCAUUCAUUUGCAUGUAAUAUUUUUCUUUUAGAACUGUGUUGAGCUGUGUGACAUUUUUUGUAAUGCGUUGAAGAUCCUCUUAGUAUUGGUGUAGCACAAUGAAGUAUUUAAAGAACCUUUUUAAAAAAUCGAAACUACAUAAACAUCGUCCAUAAAGACAGUAUCCAAUAACAUAAGUCUAACGAUGAGAAAAAAAUCCAGAGGUAGUUCAUUUAAAUUUGGUGUUUUGUUCUUUAUUGGAGUGAAAGUAUCUUGUACUUGCGUAUUAGCCCUCGGACACACGUGUCAUUAGCAGUCUAAGUUGUGCCCUAGCCUUACUCACAGACGUGAUGUUCUCGUUAACAGUGACAUAUGACCAGCUUUUGUUUGGUGCCUUCCUGUUUCUCAGAUAACUUAUGGACUUGAUGCAGUUUUGUUUUUGUCAGUGUGUACAUGUGCACUAAGAAGUAGGCGUCAUUUUACUAUGAACUGAAAAUCUGGACACUUGUUUUGUAUUUACAGCACUGCAGGUAUUGAGUUACAGCAGAAAUGUCUGUAAGACCUUGAUUCUAACGUUCAGAGUCCCUAUGAAGACUUUUGUAGUUGCCACAGUUAAGUGUCAAAGCUUAAUUCUGCCAGAAAGCCUCAUAUGUCACAGAUUCACUUUAUAAAUAAUCAGUUGCAAGUGUUCUGACUGAAGAGGAACAGCGAUACAGUGAUACAGGCAGAUAUAACACAAAACAACAGUGUCAGGCAAACAAAAUAAAGGCUUCUACAUUUUUAUUAUCAUAAAUACUGCAGAAUCAUGAUGCUCUGCUAAGUCUCUGCUGUUGGUCUGAAGUGACUUCAAGAUGCAGCUUUAAUGAUUAUUCUUGUGUAGCAGAGAUACGCUGAUUACUGAAGGCGUAAGUGACUGAGAAUGCCUUCACACCCCGUCGUUUAUCCCCGUUCUGAGAAACAAUCAGGGGGGAAAAAAACAAGGUAUAACAUAAAAAUGACUGGAAGGGGAUUUUCAGAAAAUGUUGUUAUACGACUACCCAAUGCAGGCUUUCUAACGCUCUGGGGCUUUAUGACGUAUCUAUAAGACGAAACAGCAGCUCCACCAACCGAGGAUAAUAAGUCAAGCGAUUGUAUUUAAAACACAAAUAACUUGUGAUUUGUGUUGUUAUUUUGUUGCAUUUUCCCCUCCAUAGUAAAUAAAGCGAUGGCAGCCUAUUUAGUAAUCAGAUAUUAAGAUCUACUGAAACAACUUAAACAUGUAAGAACUAACAACAAGCAUGCGAUUUCAUUUCAGUGGGACUUUUAUUCUGUUAAAUUAAGUUAUGCCUUAGUAAUACUGGGAAUAGAGUCUUUAUUGGGAAAAUUGGUCAUCAGUACUGGGAACGCUUUCCUACAGACCUACACAAAUCUUGCAAUGAGCAUCAUGUGAGUUUUACAAUAUAAAUGCACUGAGUCUGGAAACAUGCUGCUAAAAAUGACAUUAUAAGCACUGUUAUCUAAAAUGGGCUCCAUUGAAAACAAGCUGUUUUGAAAGAGCUGAACCACAUUAAAAUGUACUUAAAAUAUGUAUAAACAUUUCACUUUGGUGUCUGGAGUAAUUCAUUGAGAGUAGCGGGGCCUGCAGCAUGUCUGGGUAAAUGAAUUAUGUCAUCCGCAGUUGAGGUCCUGGCAAAAACAAGUCAGAUUUACAAAAAAGAAUCUUUUGUAUUUGAAAGUGACAGCUAUGUUACCGUUCUUUGAUUUGUGUUUUAAUUUCAUUCCUGGAAACAUUUUUUUGCUUCUGUAGUGGAAUCAUUCUGCACCUGUUCUGAAGCAGAAAAAUAUUGUUAAAAAUGGUGGAUCAGUCGAAUAAAAGUAGCUACCAACCUGG